CCAGUGCUGAGUUGGCAAUCUUGCAAUCAUCGGAGUUUACCAGCCGAAUCCCACCCUAACCUCAAAAUUUACAUGUUUUUCCUCAAUUUUUCCAGGUGGGCAGGAAAAAAGAAAUAAAAAAAAAUCAUCACCGUUGACUGAUAAAAAAAAAUAUUUCAACGUACAAUUGUCCACGUCGAGUGACUGAAAGUACUUAAACACUCGAUUGUACAUCGAACACAUGUACUUAAUACUCGUGAAUAGGAUAUUCAUGAUUAAUUGUAUAAACAUUUGAAUGAGUUAUGGGUGGACAAAAAUUUCAGUACGACGAGAGCGGUGGAACGUUUUUCUAUUUUCUACUGUCAUUUCUGGGACUUGUGCUUGUACCUGGGACUUACUACCUCUGGCCACGAUCGCCUAAACAAGCUCCAGAUCAGUUAUUGAGGAAGUGUAAGUGUCCAGGAUGCAAGAAGAAGAACGAGAUCCUGGCCCAGCAGAAUCCUGCCAAGGCGACAAAGAUGAUUCUGAUAAAAGUUUUCAUCAUCGUCUGCUGGUUAUUCCUGGCCUUACUCGCCUACAAGGUCUCCCAAUAUGAUGCAGAGAUGGCGAACUUCGAUCCUUACGAGAUUCUCGGAGUAUCUGCGGGAGCAUCGGAGCGUGAGAUAAAAAGAUCCUAUCGCAAGCUCUCGUUGAUCCUUCAUCCUGAUAAAGAGACUGGUGAUGAGAAGGCCUUCAUGAAGCUGACGAAGGCGUACCAAGCGUUGACGGACGACGAGGCUCGUUCAAACUGGGAAAAAUACGGGAAUCCGGAUGGUCCGGGUGCCAUGUCCUUUGGUAUUGCUCUCCCCUCGUGGAUUGUGGAGAAGAAGAACUCGGUGUGGGUUCUGGGGCUGUAUGCCAUGGUCUUCAUGGUGGCCCUGCCGACGGUGGUGGGCAUGUGGUGGUACAAGAGCAUCAAAUACACAGCAGAUCAGGUUCUCCUCGCAACGACGCAAAUCUACUACGCCCUCUUCAGCGGUACCUGUACCACAGUCCUCAAACGCGUCAUCAUGAUCCUGGGUGCCUCCUAUGAGUUCUGUCGUGGUUUCAAUGCUGAAAUAGUAGAGCGUCAGUCUGACAACGAGGAGGUACCAUCAUUGAUAAAAAAACUCCCCAACCUGGGAGAAAAGAACAAGGAGACUCCUCUCUGUCAUCUCUACUCCAUAAAAGCCAGAGCGAUAAUUCACGCUCAUCUCAACAGAAUUCCCCUGAAUCCCCUGACCCUCGAGAAAGAUCGCCAGUACAUCAUAAAAAAGUGUCCCUAUCUCAUCCAGGAGAUGGUAACGUGUGUCAAUCUGUUGGUCAUGCUGGCGUACUCUGGAAGAAUUCCCCUGUUACCCACCAUUCACACCAUCGAGAACUGCAUGAAACUGUCACCCAUGAUUGUUCAGGGCUUCGGUGAGUUUGCCAAUCCUCUACUGCAGUUGCCACACAUUGAGGAGGAGCAUUUGAAGCACUUCCUGGGGAAGAAGAAGAACAUCAAGACUCUUCAACAGCUGGCACAGCUCAAGGGAAAUGAGAGGAGGCAACUUCUGAGGAUGCUGAGUGAUGAACAGUAUGAGGAUGUCAUGAGGGUUUUGGGGAACAUGCCUUACAUCGACUUCAAGGUACAAUCGGAGGUAGUCGAUGACGACAAUCCAACUGUCUACACUGCUGAUGCAUUUGUAACAGUAACCGUGACCCUGACUAGAAGAGACAUGAGAGAAUUAUUUGGUGACGAAACAGCGAAGGAAAAGACUGUGGAUGAGGGUGAAGAGAAGGAGGAUAAAGACGAUAAGGAUGAUCAGUCUGCCCCAAUGAAGAAGCCCACCUGGAUGAAGCAGAAAAAAGGUGGAAAAUCGAAAAUCGAUAAGAAGAAGAAGCAAAGAGUGUCGAAGAAAGCCACCCCGAAGGGCAAAAAAUCACCAGAGGAUGAAAAUGAGAAAGAAAAGGAUCCUCAGGGGAGCGUGGAUCAAGCCAAAGAGCUAGUCACCGAGCAUUCUGAUGCUGAGAGUGAAAAGAGCGAUGAGGAGCCUGAAAAAGUCAAGGAAGUCAAUCAGGAGGAUGACGAUGAGGAGUGGGAGAAAUUCCAACAGAGGAUAGCCAAAAAGGAGAGAGUCCUCGAGGGUAGGAGCAAUGUCUCCCAUGAAGUUCACUGCCCCCUCUUCCCGGAUGUCAAGCAGGAGUACUGGUGGGUCUAUAUGUGUGACAGAAAAUCUCACACCCUCAUCACAACACCCAUUCAUGUCACGGGGCUAGUUGACAGAGAGGAAGUGCAACUCAAAUUUGCCGCCCCCAGCUGGCCAGGGCUCUACACUUUCGCGGUGUGCCUCAGGAGUGACUCCUACCUGGGAUUCUAUCAGACUCAGGACAUCAAGUUGGAUGUCAAAGAAGCCCCAGCAAUACCCACUCAACAUCCUCAGUGGGACAUUUCCGACGAAGAAACUGCCGAGGAGAAUGACGCAGUCGAUGAACAUUCCGAGUAUACUACAGAUGAGGACAUCAGUGACAAUGAAUAAGAAAAAAACCAAAUUAAUUAAGUAAUUCAAAGUAAUUCAUAGAUGAAGUGGUAGAACUAUUUAACCAUUCCAACGUAGAUGUGCAAUUAUAUGGGUAAUGAGGUGGUUUAGAGGAAAAUGUUAUUGACAUUUUCUGUUGGAAAUUUAUUUCUGUACAAAAAAUGUUUACUGACAUUUUUCUGUAAAACUAGUCAUUACGGAGAUAAUUGCAAUUAACGUAAACGUUGAAUUUCAAUUGUUGAUUCGGCAGAAUGUACUUCUUUUUCAAUUCACACUGAAAGGAUCUUCAGGUUAUUUAACACGUCAAACUGUUUUGAGUUGAGGCUAAAUCGAUUUUGUUCAGGUUUUAGAUAAAAGUAGCUCCCUAAUUUUUGAGUUCCACCACUUCAUUGCCAGUAAAUAAUGAAAAUUAACUAAUUGAAGUCAAAUAAAUGAAGUAAUUAAGUACAGCUGACGAGGAUAAUCAGCUCGGCAGCUACUGUCUCUUCAUAUUCCUUUUUAUACUAACAAAUCAAUGAAUAAAAACGAAAAAUAUCCGUUGAUUAGUGGAUGAGAUCUAAAUUUAUAUCGUCAUAGACAAACUGCAGUUAAUUAUGAAAAUAGACGUACUUAUGAUAUUACUACCAGAUUUAAUUAGUGAAAAUGUGCAUUAUUGGGAUUAAUACCAUAACAUUUAUAAAUUCAUCGUGGGAUUAUAAAAUUAUACAAAUUAUACAUAAGAAUAAUAUUUAUUUUAACAAUUGUUGCUCGGUAUGAUUAACUUUAGGGAUGAGUACAUGUGCACAAUCUUUUUAAUAAAUGAUAUUGUCUAUCAA